UUGCUUUCUACAGUUCUUCCAGGAGAAAUUGUACGUUCUCUGGAUGAUUGGGAGAGAGCGUUACUGCGCGAUUUUGUACGAGGCAAAGGUCGCGGUAGCGUGUCAAGAAUUCCAGUCGAAUUGCUCAACGAACCACCUCCGGCGUUAGAUGCUAAGCAGGAAGACAACAUUGUCUCUCUGAUGACACCUCCAGAAUCGGCUCUACGCGCUGGUCCUAUGAUGACAGCUCCCAGGGUUACUUUAAGAUCGCCCUCUGUCUCAGCCAAAAUGCCUGACCAUUUCCGACUGUAUACACCUAAGGACGAUCACAGCGUGCCUUCGGUAAUCUCUCCUGCUUCAAAGGUGAAACGAAGACCUGCUAUUUCAAUCAAAACCAGAACUACACAGAAGAAGGUCAAGUUAUCUCUGGAAGAGCCAACACAAGAGACAUUCAAAGAACUUUCGGGUUUAUUACAGGUACGAGCCUGA